AUUUAUCAUUUAUCAUUUAUCGACCUUCACUAUUCGGUCAUCACCCUGCUUUGUCUUGCACUGUCCAAAAUCAAAACCGCUGCUUCUCUUCCUGCUUUAACUUUCAGGCCCAAAUUGAGAGUCGGCAGCGCUAAAACUUGUUCCAAACUAUGACCAUUUCCAUGGAGCUUCCUGUGUUCACUAGUUUCCAAUCGGUGUUUCGGGCCUGCUUGUGCUCUCAUUCUUCGAAGCGAAUCUUCUACGGAGGCUUCACAAAAUUUGGGGUAAGAUUGAAGCUUAAAAGCACUUCAAAGCAGUUUCUUCGAAUUACAGUGAGUUCGGACAGAGACUAUUCAUCGAAUGGAUUUGAUGAGGGCGAAGUGAAUGACGAGGAUAUAUGGGGAGACUCCGACUUUGUUGAGGUUAUUGGCAUUGGCAGUAGGAAGGACGCGGUUCUUGAUUUCUGUUUGUGCUCGCCCUUCAAGUCGUCGUCGAUGCGGUUUUGGAGUAUUCUCAUGAAAGAUUCAAUGAAGGGGCAAUUACAACAAAAGUUCCUCGAAAAAGAUCAUACUCCAAGGAUUCUUGAAGCUCCACUAUCCAUAAAAUUUUGUCCAAAAGCUAUUAUCCUUGUGGCUAGUGCAGGAUAUGGCUUGGAUCACAUUGCAGCAGUUGAUAUUCUUCGAACAAUAAAGUCUGCAAAUGGAUUUACCAUUGUGGUUAUUUUGAAGCCUUUUAGCUUCGAAGGACAGAGGCGCCAAGAGGAGGUCAAACAUUUGGUAGGAAACCUUCAGGAGCAUACCAAUUUGUUUAUUGAUGUUGACACCGACAUGCUACUUAGAAAGGACUUGGUCACACUUGAUGAGGCUGUGAAGACUGCAAAUAAUGCUGUUUUAUUGGCUGUUAAUGCCAUAUCUGUUCUUAUAUCUGAAACACACAGAAAACUUAUAGAUGUAGCACAUAAUGAUGUGAAAGAAGUCCAAGUUUCAGAACUUAUUAAAAUUCUAGAAAGCUAUAAGGAAGCAAAGGUUGGAUUUGGAGCUGGUUACAAUGCCAAAACUUCAAUUUUACAAUCUCUAUAUGACUGCCCUUUCCUUGGUGUUGGUGUAAAGGAUUUGAAUGGCCUGGUUAUAUGCGUCCUUGCAAGUUCAAACACUGUUGAUAAAAGUGAUGCCUUUCUGCGUACUUUCCGUCAAACUACAGAAUAUGCUGGAAGCAUUAUAUUAUCUAUGAUUCAUGAGCCUAAUCUGGAGCCCAACCUGCUAUUAACUACGGUUCUUAUAGUAGGCGAUACCAGGCAACAGUCCUCUCAGAAAAGCAGCAUAUUGUCUGCACUGGCCCGGCAUAUCCCUUUCGUUUUUGAUCUUCUAAGGAGACACCAUCCGCAGUUGAAUGGCACUGAGGGAAACCAUUUACAUGAAAAUGCAUUUCUUUAUGAAGAGAUAGAUUCAGGAGACUCUCAUGACGGAGGAAAUGGUACUGAUGUAAACAAUAUAGCUGAAGAUAACGAUCAGCACCCUGAAGAUUUCCAAACAGUGGGGAGCAGCAGCAAUGACAGUUUGUUCUAUUCUUCAAGGAAUUGUGAUUGUGAAUCUGAAGAAAGUGAGGUUGGUUUAUCAGAAACCAGUGCCAAGUCUUCCAGAUUUUACAAUGCAAUUACUGAAGGAACUCCUGCUUUCCAAAGGGAGCCACUCAUGAGUUGGAACUUGGGGCUUGCGUAUGAGGUUGCGAAGGAGUGGGCCAAAGAAAGAGCUGCUGAGACUGGAACUAGUCCAUUGCAUGAUAACCUCAGCAUCCUCCACCUUCCAGUUGGUGUACGACCUUCAGAGGAGUUAAAGGACAAUGCCAAUAUCUCACUUACAACACAAACCCUUGAUCCAGAAACUGAGGGUGAUGCAAAAACAGAACCAGUUGUUAAUUCAAGCAUUUCUUCAUGGAGUGAAUUGACUGAUGCAGGCUUUGAAGCAGUGAAGGACUUUUGUAAUAACACAUUUACUUCAUUUAAGGGAAAUUAUGUUGAUAUUACAAAGAAGCAAGGAGAUCUCUCUGUUCGUGCAGCAUCUAUGUUGGAAGCUGAAAGAGAUUCACCGAAAAAGUGGAGUCCUAUUGUAGAGAUGCCAUAUAGAGGAGGGUUUUACAGGGGGCGAUGUCAAGGAGGUCUUCCUGAAGGAAAGGGACGUCUGGUUCUUGGAGAUGGAAGCAUAUAUGAUGGUAUCUGGCACUAUGGUAAGAGAUCAGGUCUAGGUACAUUCUACUUCAGUAACGGGGAUGUGUUCCAGGGCUCAUGGAGGGAAGAUGUUAUGCAUGGGAAGGGUUGGUUUUAUUUUCACACGGGGGAUCGAUGGUUUGCAAAUUUUUGGAAGGGAAAGGCCAAUGGUGAAGGCCGUUUCUAUUCGAAGUCUGGUGAUGUCUUUUUUGGCCAUUUCCAAGAUGGAUGGCGACAUGGCCAAUUCCUUUGUAUCGAUAUCAAUGGGACAAGGUCUCUUGAGAUUUGGGAUCAAGGUAUUCGUGUAAGCUGUAAGCAAUUGGACUCUGAUACUGAUGCCGGAUAAGUACUGUGUACUCUUGGUGUUAUUGAAUUACGUCCCCUUUUUAUAUGUUGUAUUUUGUCUCUUUGGUUUUCAUUAUUUUGGCUCAUAGGUAUUUUAGUUAAGAGAAGUUUUGCAAGCAGUAUUCUCACACUUGCGGACUUUGCCAAUUUUGUUGUGUACCUCUUCUCCUAGCACUUACAAAGCAUCUUCAAAUGAAUCUAUAGUUCUUAAAAGCAGAUCUACAUGAUCUUUUUUUC